AUGUUCCGACUGGACGGGAAAGUUGCCCUCAUUACUGGCCUCGGCCAGACCAGUGAGGAUGGUUGGGGGAUUGGCGCUGCAAUCGCGAUGAAUCUCGCACAGCAAGGAGCGUCUAUUUUCGGGGGAAAUCGUACAUUGGCCGCCGCCGAGAGAACCAAAGCCCGAAUUGAGGCCGAGGGGGGUAUUUGCCAUGUUCAACAAGCCGAUGUCACCGAUUGCGCAUCCGUCGAGGCUCUGGUAAAUGCCUGCCUCGAACGACACGGCCGUAUUGACAUCCUGAUCAACAACGUUGGCAAGUCAGAGCCAGGUUGUCCAGCUACCAUGGGAGAAGAUAUCUGGGACCAACAGAUCGAUCUGAAUCUCAAGAGCGUCUAUCUCACAACGCACUUUGUCCUCCCUAUCAUGGAGAAGCAAGAGACUGGUGGCGCAGUGGUCAAUGUCUCGAGUAUUGCAGGGCUACGCUACAUUGGAAAGCCCCAAGUCGCCUACUCGGCCACCAAGGCAGCCAUAAUGCAGUUCACCAAGGCAACUGCGGUUAUCUAUGCCGAUCGACGGGUGAGAUUGAAUACCAUCGUUCCGGGUUUGAUCUACACACCAUAUACUCGCGAACUCGCUAAGCGCUAUGCCCCCGGAGGCGAGGAAGCUGGCUAUAUGAAGAUGCGAGACGACCAGGUGCCGAUGAAGAGGAUGGGAGAUGCAUGGGAUGUUGCCAAUGCUGCGCUGUUUCUCGCAGCCGAUGAGUCGCGAUAUAUCACAGGUCAGGAGCUGGUAGUAGAUGGUGGGAUCACAUCCUCGACGGGCCGAGUGUAA